GGGCAGGGCCGCGCUGCCGCCCCUCAGCGCGGCCUCCGCCCCUCAGCGCGGCCUCCCCGCCGCCCCACCGCGGCCCCUCCGCCCGCCCCGCCGCGCUCCCGCCCGCCAUGAGCUGCCGGCAGCCGCUGCCGAGCGAGCGGGGAGCGAGACAGAGGAAGAGGAGAAGGAAUGGCAAUGAAGAGGAUGGUCACGUUCCCCAGACCAAACGUAGCACCAGGAACUCUGUCCUGCAGGACUCGUGGGACACUGAGAAGGUGGCUGUAACGAAGCUCACUAAGGAGCGCAGACUAAAAGGAAACAAAGUGUCCUGUGCGUCCUCCAGCAGUGACAGCGGGAGCAGCAGCAGCAGCAGCUGUAGCAGCAGCAGCAUCAACAGCCCUGACAGAGCAGAGUCCAGCCUCAACCCCAGGAUUGCAGGAUCCAGCCCUGUCUCCUCCCAGCCCUUCCACGAGCAGUCUGCACUAAGCCAAGGUCCUUACUUCCACAUCAACCAGAUCCUGAAGGAAGCCCACUUCCACAGCCUACAGAGCCGGGGACGCCUCCCUACAUGAUGACCCAGCAGCUCCCUGCCUUCUGUGAAGGGACAGCACUGUGUAGAUUUGAUAUUUCAACUUCAAAGUUUGUUAAAAUGGAAUUGCACAAAAUUGCCUGUUGCCUUUUCAGUCUAUAUUUGAAAUAACAGGUUAACAGGAGAUUGUUUACUUGUGGUUUGCUGCACUAUUGCAAUGCAAAAGGGGCUUUGAAGCAAUUUUUAUAGGAUUCUUUUUGGGGUGGUUCUAAAGUACGUGGCAAGAGGAGACCGAGGAGUCCACAUGUGUGUUAUAGGAUUGCAAACUGUCCAAUUCCAAUCGACUGCCUAAUCUGUUUGUUAGCAAGUUGUUGCUUUCUGUAAAGUUCUCUUAAGCGUUCCUCUUCAGUUUUAUAAGUCUUUUUUUAAUUUCAAUAAACUAGUUAAAAAAUGA